GGUUUUAGAUCUUUCGGCAGAUAAAUAAACAGUGGUCGGUGCCUCCUUUAUUCAAAUAUUCCAAGGAAGAGGAAGCUUAAAUGAAACGAACACCUUUCAAUUUUGUAUAGUCUUCUCAUAAUCGUUUACAAGUAAUUCAAUGGCAUAUCCGUAUGGACAGGGAGGUUACCAGCCACCUUAUGGAGGUCAACCACCAUAUGGUGCCCCACCGCAACCUGGUGCUUACCCUGGUUAUGGCCCUCCCGGGGGAAUAGAUCCUUUGUUUGGAUACUUUUCAGCUGUUGCGGGACAUGACCAACAAAUUGAUGCGUUGGAGCUUCAAAGAUGUUUAACUUCAUCUGGUAUUGGUGGCACAUAUCAACCAUUCAGUCUUGAAACAUGUCGAAUCAUGAUCUCCAUGUUAGAUAGGGAUUACUCUGGCAAAAUGGGUUUUAACGAAUUCAAAGAACUAUGGAGUGCACUCAAUCAAUGGAAGACAACAUUUAUGCAAUACGACAGAGACCGAUCUGGAACAGUUGAACCACACGAGAUGCAUGGUGCUAUUCAAUCAUGGGGUUACAAUCUCACACCUCAAGCGCUGAAUAUUAUCAUCAAGCGUUACUCUGACAGUGGUCGAAUUAAAUUUGAUGACUUUGUUUCAGCUGCUAUUAGACUUCGCAUGUUGACUGAUCACUUCCGCCGUCGUGAUUCAAGUCAAACUGGCCACGCCAAUUUCUCGUACGAUGAUUUCAUCCAAGUAACAAUGUUUUCAUAAAAAGAAGUUCGUGCACCUCAACAGACAUCAGGAAAAUAAUGCUCACUGCUACAAAUUUUUACUUAACCCACAUAUGGAUGGGUUUUUUUGUGUGCUUUUUUGUUAUUUAAUUUUAUUAUGUACUCAUAGAAUGAAAUGUCUUUUA